ACCAGCAGUUCCCUACUUAGAUCUAAAACUUCUGGAUCACCGCUGGAAAAAGCAUCGAGGAUGGAUUUGCCGUCGCUGUUGAGCUGGCAUGGACGCAUCUCCCGAGAGCUGGACGCCGUGGUGGAUUUCUGGCUUCACCAUUCGCAUGACGAAGAAUACGGGGGGUUCUUUACAUGUCUGGGCCAGGAUGGGAAAGUUUAUGAUGACUUGAAAUAUGUUUGGCUGCAAGGCCGGCAGGUGUGGAUGUACAGUCGGCUGUAUCGAAAAGUACCGAGAUUCCGGCGCCCUGAAAUCCUGCAGGCAGCCCGAGCAGGUGGGGAGUUCCUGUUAGAGCAUGCGCGAGUGGCCCCACCUUCACAGAAGUGUGCCUUUGUCCUGACUCGUGAUGGGCGCCCUGUGAAAAUCCAGCGCACCAUUUUCAGCGAGUGUUUCUAUGUCCUUGGGCUGGACGAACUUGGACGAGCAACUGGGGAACCUCGUUACCAGAGGGAAGCCCUGGCAAUGAUGGAGGCCAUUGUACACUGGGUGAGGGAGGAUCCCUCUGAGCUGGGACGCCCACUGCUGGCGGGGGCAAUCCCACACGACUCCAUGGCUGUUCCCAUGAUGCUCCUCAACCUGGUGGACCAGUUGUCAGAAGGAGAUGCAGACGCUGCGAGCCAGUUCAGUGAGCUGGGAGACUGGUCUGCUCAGCGAAUCCUCAUGCAUGUGCAGAGGGAUGGUGCUGCUGUGUUGGAGAACGUUUCUGAAGAGGGCAAGGAGUUGCCAGGGUGUUUGGGAAGACAACAGAAUCCUGGCCAUGCAAUUGAAGCGGGCUGGUUCCUGCUCCGCUAUGCGCAGCGCCAGCAGGACUCGGGCCUCGUGGCCCAGGCUGUGGAGAAGUUCAUGAAGGAGCCAUUCCGUUUGGGCUGGGACCCUGAACAUGGUGGACUCUUUGCCUUCCAGGAUGUGGACGGCCUCUGCCCAACACAGUUAGAGUGGAAAAUGAAGCUUUGGUGGCCACACACAGAAGCCAUAAUUGCAUUCCUGAUGGGCUUUGCUGAGACUCGAGACCAAGAGCUCCUGGAACACUUUGUCCAAGUGGCUAAAUAUGCCUUUGCCAAGUUCAGUGACCCACAGGCAGGUGAAUGGUUUGGCUACCUGACCCAGGAGGGCAAGGUGGCUCUCACAAUCAAAGGAGGGCCAUUCAAAGGCUGUUUCCAUGUCCCCCGCGCACUCUAUAUCUGUGAAGAAAUUCUGGAAUCGCUCAUAAGGGAGACUGAAUUGACCAGCCAGGGAUGAAACACUCCACUAACUCUUGUAUUAAGUGAAGGGAUGGGUGCGCUCUGUUUUCUGCCUGGGACAAAUCUUAAUUCCAGCCACAUUCUUCUCCACCCAUGGUAGAAACGGAAGAACCCCUUUUCAGCCACUUCUCACUCCCAGUUCCAAUGGCUAUUUUACACUCCUGGGCGACCUUGAUUUUGCAGAACACCAUCGUGAACAAACUUGCUACGGAUCCCAGGCUGUGCUCUCUUACAGGAGGAGAUAGACUGUUAACCGCUGGUCACAUCCAGACCAUACCUUUAAAACAUUUUAAAGGACUCAUACCACUUUUAACA